UUUAGUAUAAUCUGUUAUCAGUGUUGUUUGAAAAUAAAAAUAAAUAAAAAUGUAUGGAUUGAGAUUCUUAAUAUUAUUGUUUUUUCUUACAUAUAGUUCAAGCAAAAGAUCACAAGGUUAUUCUGAUCCUGUAUGUCAGGAUGACCGGAUUGUUUUGGUUCAACUGUUUGAGUGGAGUUGGGCGGAUGUUGCUGAAGAAUGUGAACAAUAUUUAGGACCUAAAGGGUUUUGUGCAGUUCAGGUUUCACCUCCAAAUGAACAUGUGGUUGGAAAAUCUUGGGAAACAAGAUAUCAGCCGGUGUCCUUUAAGCUUGAAUCUAGAUCUGGUAGCAAGGCUGAGUUCCAAGAUAUGGUCCAUCGUUGUUCAGCUGUUGGAGUCAACGUUGUGGUUGAUGCAGUUUUCAACCAUAUGGCCUCCAUUAAUGAAGCUGGUUAUGGGACAGCAAAUUCCUCAUUUGAUGGAGCUAAACAGAUAUUUCCUGGAAUCCCAUUUUCCAAACAGGACUUUCAUCAGCCAAUUUGUGAAAUACUAGACUUCAACGAUACGGCACAAAUCCGGAAUUGUUACAAAAACAACUACAAUGAUUUGUAUGGAAGUAAGAGUUUUGUUAGAACUACCAUUGCUGAAUUUCUUCAGGACUGUAUUGAUAUUGGUGUAAAAGGAUUUAAAAUUGACUCAGCUAAGUACAUGGACCCAAUUGAUAUAGAGGAAAUUUUGAUACAAAUUGAAGAUUUUGGCCCUGAUGGCAUAUUUUUUAUAAAUGAAGUUGAAGACUUUGGUCUUGACUCGGUGAAUUUGACUGAAUAUUACGGUGUUGGGAAAACCACAGAGUUCAGAUAUGGAUUAAAGAUUUCUGAGAUCAUCAAUGCUGGAGAAGAUUUUGGUUUACUAUCAUCUAUAUAUGAUGAAGCUUCAGGAAUGGCAGAUCCAGAUCAUGCUGUUGUUUUCAUUGAUAACCAUGAAACUCAAAGGGAUGAUAAAAUGAACAUUCUGACUUUUAAGGACCCAUUGAAAUACAAAAUGGCAUCAGCAUUCAUGCUGGCGUAUGAUUAUGGCUUCAAACGAGUAAUGUCAAGCUAUAAGUUUAACAAAUCAGAUCAGGGCCCACCAGAUAACUCUACCAAAAACUGUACUGGAGAAGAAUGGGUGUGUGAGCAUAGAUGGAACUCAAUUGGGAACAUGAUCAAAUUUGCCAACAGAGUUCAAGGAGAACCAGUAGAAAAUUGGGAGGCAAGGAUCGAUUAUGUUUCUUUUUCAAGAGGUAAAAUUGCUUAUUUUGCAAUGGGUAACCUUGGUCUGGUUAUGGACACAGGACUGCCAGAUGGGCAAUACUGUGAUAUAAUAUCUGAUUGUAAACAAACUAUUGAAGUAGUAAAUGGGAAAGCAUCCAUUUCUGUGUUUAAUGAAACUGAACCAGUUGUAGCAUUAUGUGUUGAUUGUGGUUUCUUGUCUGUUGAACCAUCAACCACAACAACUACUACAACAACCACAACAGCUACAACAACUACAACAACUACAACAACUACAACAACUACAACAACUACAACAACUACAACUACUACAACAACCACAACAAUCUCUGAUGAUGCCGAGUGUGUGGAGAAUGUUGGUUACUUACCAGGAGUUAGUUGGGAAUAUGAACUUCCUGGAGAUGGUUGGUAUCCUGAUAACACGGUCACUAACAUGUGUCACGAGGAGGAAGAACAAAUUGAUGCUGACACGAAUAAAUAA